UAAACUUCAUUAAAAACUAUACAUAUAAAAAGACAUUGAACAUUUUAUCGUCGCGCUUCGGUUUCGGUUUCGGUUUCGUGAGUGCAUGGUGCAGGUGAAAAUUGCAAGGACAAACGAGAAGCAAAGUCCAGGAAAAAUCCCAGCAACAUCCCCAGAAGGAAGAAACCAUAAGAGAAGCUACAAAAAAAAAAUUGUGGAAGAUAAGUAUUACAUCUUCCACCAAGGGCACCUAAUUUCGGUGGAAUUUGGGAAACGGCCGUAAAAACAGCAAAAGGCCAUCUUUAUCGCAGUCUCGGCGGUGCAAAACUAAACUUUGAAGAGCUGACAACGGCACUGGUAGAGAUCGAGGCCAUAAUGAACUCCAGGCCAAUUACUCCAAUGUCUCCUGAUCCCAACGAUCUGGAAGCGUUAACGCCAGCUCAUUUCCUAGUUGGGUCUUCUCUCAGAGCGAUUCCGGAACCAAGUCACGAAGUGUCUGACAUAAGCCAUCUGGAAAGGUGGCGUCGAAUCAAUGCCGUAAAAACCCACUUCUGGAAGCGGUGGUCAUCGGAAUACGUCCUAGAACUCCAAAAUCGUGCCAAAUGGACAACUUCAACUCCAAACCUCGAAAUUGGUAGUCUCGUCAUAAUCCAUGAAGAUAACUUGCCACCCCAAAAGUGGCUUAUGGGAAAAGUCGUAAAACUAAUCAAGGGUCCUGAUGGUCAUGUACGUGUAGCCGAUGUUAAAACGUCACGAGGAGAGUUUCGAAGGCCAAUUCGAAAACUAGCAGCGAUACCGUCUUGAAAGGAAGUCCUUUCAAAGGAGGCGGAAUGUUGGAGCCAAUCAAAUCAUCAAAAAAUAUUUACUAUUAAUAACUAUCUUAAUUUGUAUUUGUACUUAAACCAUUCAAUUACUAUUAAACUUGCUUUUAUUUUCAUUCAAAUUAAGCGCCUAAAUUAUACCAAACGCCAUAAUUUUUACAUUUGAAUUCGCCCUAAAAAUUGUAUUUUUAAAUUUAACGUAACUUCUCUCUUGAACUACUAGAAAAAUGUGUGUAUAAAUAGAAGCUUAUAAAUGAAAUAAAAGCUUCUUCUUGUAUUAAACCCUGCUGGGAAAUCACUGUCUUUUUCUUUUGAACGUCGCUCGCUAUAAAGACUUGUCAUUUUCGCAUAUUUCGCUACCGUUAAUUAGUUAACGCAUCAACCAGGAUCGAAUCUAUCUUUUGUAUAGAA